AUGGCCAGCCUGAUAAGAACUGCUGCCACAGCGCUGGUUUUUGCUGGCAUGGUUAGCGCUCAGACGUCUUCCGUCAUUAGUGUCUUCCUCCCAGAUACUGAUCAGCAAUCGCUUGUGGGCUCUCUCGUGGCAUCUGAUGCUACCAAAACGACCAUUGCAUUCGGUUGUCCUGAGGGCGAGGACUCCACUGAGUGUGGCUUCGGCCUCGGACAAGUCACAGCAACAUUCGGAUCGUCAACGCUCGUAUACACGCAGACAUUCGAUUCGCUAACUCUGGGGCUCGACUGCGCCGUGACGGGAACGACAGCCGCUGUAUGUGCACAGACGUACAUUGGGCCAGCAGGCUACCUCGAAAGCGACACAGCAACGGAUGACUCGUUGACAGCGACCGAUGCGUCCUUCAACACGCAACUCACCACGUCUGUGUCUACUACGGCACUCUCCUCAUCUGACAUAGCUUUCAUCCCGAUCACACUCACGGCUUUUCCCAGUAAUGGCGCCAGCAGCACAAGCGCAGGAACUAGCGCAAGCCAGGGUGCCUCCGCGACGAGAAGCUCAUCGAGCGCCAGUGCCACAGCCAGUGGAGGUAACGCCACCUCCACCCAGAACGGCGAUGCCGUUACAAUAAGCGGCUGGCAAUUGAGAUGGGUCGCGUCGGGUGCCGGGGUUCUCGCGCUUCUGGCCAUAUUUUUGUAA